AUGGCGGCAAAAUUUGUGGCAUUUGAUAGAAUAGAGAGGCUUGCAUCCGUACUCAACAUGUUAAUUCAUCUUAGUCCCUUCCCUAACAUUGAUGUAGCUAUUGACCAGGAUGAUAUUCUGGGAUCUAUAGAGAGCUCAAAGGAACAAGAUAAGCUGAUGGAGAGGUAUGAAAUCAUUGAGCGGAAAAGUUCCAAUGCUGAGAAGGAAUUGGCCGAGCUAUGCGAAAAUUCUUAUGCUCUUAGCUCUUUAUGGGAAAAGGCAGAUUAG